UAACUUCCGUGUCCGUAAACUCAUUGCUGCUUCCGUAUCGUGUUUUGCGCCGCCGGACUGUCCACCGCUGUCAGGAACUGAACUCUCACAACAAUGCGUCCGAUUCCCGAGGAGUUAACGACGCUCAUUUCAGACCUAGAAUAUUUCCUCUGUGAUGGAUUAAAAGGAGAAAAUCUAAGCAAAAAGGCAAAGGAGAAGAGGGAAGCCUUCAUCAAACGGAUUAAAGAGGUCAAAUUGGGUUUCCCACAAGAUUUCAAGGACAGAAGUGGAGAGGAUGAUGAGGAAGAUGAUGAGGAGGAAGUUGACAGCAACAAUGAUGCAGGGUCGCUGCUGUCCGAGCGCACAGACAAGGAUGAAGAGGCUUGCGAAGGUGCCCAGCAGUCCCCACCUGUGGCGGCUCAGGACCUGACGUCUGUCUUUAAAGCGGGAUACCUUGAGAAGCGCAGAAAGGAUCACAGCUUUUUUGGCACCGAAUGGCAGAAGAGAUGGUGCGCUCUUAAUCAUCACACGUUCUACUAUUAUGGCAGCGAGAAAGACAAGCAGCAGAAGGGGGAGUUCAGUAUUGACGGGUACACUGUCAAAAUGAACAGCACUUUACGGAAAGACUCAAAGAAAGACUGUUGCUUUGAAAUUACGGCUCCAGACAAGCGAGUCUAUCAGUUUUGUGCGUCAUCGGUGAAAGAGGCAGAGGAGUGGGUGAAACAGAUAGACUUUGUUUUGAGAGAUAUGACGGGCAUCAUCCCAGAAGAUGAGGAGGAGGAACAGGAAGUGUACGAUGAUGUUGGAGCUAUAGAAGAUACAGCUGACGCUGAGCCAAUCGACGAAGACAUCUAUGAAGAGCUCCCAGAGGAUGACAUGCCCGCUCCAGCAAAGCCUCCUCCAAAGGUGGAACCAGCCAGCAAACCUGCUCCUCCUGCUGCUUCAGUUAAUAAGAGCACAGAUAAGAGCACAGACUACCCCAACUUCUACCAGGGCUUAUGGGACUGUACAGGAGACCACUCCGAUGAGUUGUCCUUCAACCGUGGAGAUGCCAUCUAUAUCCUGAGCAAGGAGUACCAGAACUAUGGCUGGUGGGUUGGAGAGAAGAAUGGAAUUGUAGGAAUCGUGCCCAAAGAUUUCCUGAUGGAGCUUUACGCUAUAUAAAUACACCCCAUGAUCAUUCCCUCCCCUAUCCACAAGAGACUGAUGACUGGAUGAAACUGUUUUCAUACGACUGAAAUACAUAUUUGAAAGUAUAUUUCUACAUUAUCUGCAUGUUGCACUGCUUGUUCAUAUGUAUAUCCUAUCCAAGAUAGAUAUAGUUUUCCCACACCAUUUCAUGAACUGUUUUUGGUAAAUUUGGUAAUUGCAAAUGGUAAGAUUAAAAAAUGAUUUAAACAUA